AUGUCUUCGAUAUUACUAUACAGUCUCAUGCCGAGGGCGCAGUCCUCUGGAGGUGAGCUGCUACCUCGAUUGAACGGCGAUGUGACUCUGGAUAUCGACCCAUUGCCCUUCGUCCAACGGCGAGGUCUUAUUGCAGUCUCGGUUAUGGCAUUCCUCUCCUUCAUUGCCACCUUGACUCUGCUUGGCUUCAUUACCUAUCGACUCAUUUUCUGGCGGAAGAACUACCAGAGAUACAUUGGUUACAACCAAUAUAUUAUUCUGAUUUAUAAUCUGAUCUUGGCUGAUUUCCAGCAAGCUCUUGCCUUUUUGAUUUGUGUGAAAUGGAUCGCUACCGACAAGAUCAAGUCCGGUACGGCAGCAUGCUUUCUCCAGGGCCUUUGGCUACAAAUAGGAGAUCCCGGUAGUGGACUUUUCGUGCUCGCCAUUGCGUUUCAUACCUUCUUGCUCGUUGUUUGGGGCCGGAAGAUGUCUCACAAGGUGUUCAUUUCCUUCGUCGUCGGCGUGUGGGGAUUCAUUGCUAUUAUUGUGAUCAUUCCUCUGGCGAUGUACGGUGCAGAUGUGUUCGUUCCCUCCGGCGCCUGGUGUUGGAUCAAUGAAGACUUCGAGACUGUCCGUCUCUGGACCCACUAUAUCUGGAUUUUCUUGGCCGAAUUCGGUACAGUUUGUUUAUACGCCAUCAUGUACUUCCAGCUCCGACGACAGAUCGCUGCUUCAUCAAUUCUGGGAAACAGCCAGUUGCAGAGUCUCAAGCGCCUGCGCCGCGUGGUUGGCUACAUGACUAUCUAUCCUAUCGUCUAUAUCGUUCUUUCACUUCCUCUGGCUGCUGGACGUAUGGCUACGGCAAACGGCAACACCCCGUCCCUCACUUUCUUCUGCUGUGCCGGUGCCAUCAUUACUAGCUCUGGCUUGGUCGACGUCGUUCUAUACACUCUCACCCGCCGUAAUCUCAUCAUCGACUCCGAACCCAGUCAAGACCAUUCCUACAACAAAUUCGCAAGCAGCCGCGGCCGCCACGGGGAAAAUCACCUUACCACGAUCACAGCUGCCGAGCCCAAGAAUCGCACCAAGCUUGGGGGCUUGGAAGGCACUGAUCUCGACCGUGACGGUUCUACCGAUAACAUUGUCCAGCCGGGCGUUGAGAUGGGCCCGAUGGGCAAGGUGUACCAAGAGACCACCAUCGAAAUCACCAGCGAGCCUGCCUACACUUCAGAAGCUGCCAGCGAGCGCUCCAGCAAAGACGACUUCAAUGAAGCCCCAUCACGGAUGUGGAGACGAUAA